AUGGAUGUAGGCGGAGAUUUAGCAUUGCAGUGGGUGGAGGAAGUAGGAAACGUUAUACAUGAAGAAGUAAUAUGUGGCUUGGAAGCAGAACUCACUGCCCCGGAGGAAGAGGUCAUUGGAGCAUGUGAAGAGGUGUGUGUAGAGGAAACAGUGGAAUCUGGUCCUGACUGUGGUACUACAGCAGAUUCAGAAAUCUUGAUGGUACCUCAGACAAGUGACAUGGAGUCUAUCUAUAUAGUACCACAAGAUCAAGGUCACGAUUAUCUUAAUAUAGAAGUAACUGAAGAGGUAAUAGCCGAUAAUUGGGAUAGAUCCGGCCCAGAUGAUGGAGUGGAAAUACCAGAAACAAAAGUAUCUCACGACAACCUUCUGGAAUACGACGACAUGGAAAUCCCGUUACCAAUCGAUCAGGAUUCGUAUACAAAUACUCGACCAUAUCCUUGCGAUUUUUGCAGUCGUAGAUUUCGGAAAAAAGCGAAUCUAAUGAAUCACAUGGUUGCACAUCAAACAGACCGUCCGCAUGGAUGUAAUCUAUGCGGUGCACGUUACGUUAGAAAGUGUGAUCUCAUGAAUCACUUAAAGAUUCAUGCGUACGCACCUUCUCGCGACGGUCUCGAGGAUGAUCUAAACGACGACGACUCCCUCGCCCAUGACGAAGAGGAGCCGAAUAGAGGUAGACGUAAGAAGGCUCAAUCUAGUGCUCCAAGAAAACGCAAAAACAAUGCUGCAUCAGCCAAAAGAAACAACGACGAUAUCAAAAUUGAAAUGAACAAGUACAUGAAUAAGUCGUACGAUUACGUUGACGAGGAUAUGCGACUUCUGGAAGAAAUGACGAGUCGAAACACAGCAAGAAGUAGUAACUAUGCAUCCAGUUCGAGAUGGACCGAUGAGAUAUCCACAAUGCCAAGCGAACCGCAACCACCUCGCUGGCCAAUAACGGACCCAACAAAGCCCUACGUGUGUCAGCAUUGCGGUGUCGGAUUUGCUCGUGAAAAGGCAUUGGCAUCUCAUGCUCGAAUACAUGGUGGUGAUAGCCCCUUCGAGUGUACUUCAUGUGGUGACAUGUUUUGGGACGUGAAUACAUUGCGAGAUCACGUUAGGAUGAAACAUGGUGGUACCGUUCAUACCGAGAUGGAUGAAUAUGAUAACGAUGCUACAUACACUGGUGACGAAAGGUUUGGCGAGUUCUAUUGUGAAACUUGUGGAGUACCUUUCCAUCGUUUAGAUCUGCUUAAACGUCAUCGGAAAAUUCACGUGAAGCAGGAAAUAGACAUGACUGAAGGAUCGAGUCAGCAUCACGUUUGCAAUGUGUGUGGAGAAUGGUUCGAAGAGGCCUUAGCAUUACUUGCACACGCUGAACUGCACGCUAGAUCUCCUAGUCGCCGCUGUCUAUUGUGCGGUCAGAGGUGUCGAGACGAUGCAGAAGUAGCAGAGCAUGUGCGUCAAUAUCACGCGGAUGAUGCACCGCCAAAUACGUGCAAUCUUUGUGGUAAAACUUGCAAAGACAAACGAAGUUUAUUAAAACAUUCAUGGAUUCACAAUGCCGAUAAGACUUUCGGCUGUACGAAAUGUGGCAAACGUUUCCACAGUAAAGCCAGGCUACGAAGACAUAUGGUAUCUCAUCGCAAUAAAAUGGUAGCCUGCGACGAAUGUGGCGAGGAGUUUCCAGAUGGUAGAGCUCUUGUAAGUCAUCGUCAUUCGCACAACAAGGAUUUAGGCGGUAGAUCAUUUCCAUGCCGAGAAUGUGGCAAGACCUUCGGUAGCCGAAGCUCACAACAAAUUCAUAUUCGUAUUCACACCGGCGAGCGGCCUUAUGGUUGCCGCUUUUGCUGGAAGGCUUUUGCAGACGGUGGAACUUUGCGAAAGCAUGAACGUAUACAUACCGGUGAAAAGCCUUAUGGUUGUGCGAUUUGUCCUCGUGCUUUUAAUCAACGUGUUGUAUUACGUGAACACGUAAGGGCUCAUCAUUCUGGGCCCGAUCCAAAGUGCCACGGAAGCAUGACUCCGUACUUGUGUAAAGUGUGUGGCGACGCGUACUCGACAUCCGAGGAGAUAGUGGCGCACAUAGUACAACACUGCGACGAUAAUACCGCGCUUAGGAGACAACCUCAAUCCGGUCCUAGAAAAUACAAGAGGAGGCGUAAGUUGAAACCUCUCGAAGGGGCGAGCAUGAAUAUGCCUCGUAUGAGUGAGAAUUAUGUAGAUAUGCUACAGCAACCUGGUUCAGAUUCUGAUGACAAUACCAAACGAAAGCUUGGGAGAAAGAACAAGCAGCAGCAUCGUGCUAAUGUUGAGGAGGGUUAUCAGAAUGUCUUGAAGAGCUUCGAAAGCUCUUUACAGAAUAUUAAUUCAAUUGUGAGCAAUUCAAAGUUGAAUCCUUCAAAGUCGAAGCUCUCGAAGAGAAAGAUAAAGAAGGAAGACAAGAAGAACGAGACCCAAACCUCCUCGCAAUCUGGUAGGCCAAAAAUGAUACAUACUCAAAAGACUAGGGUACCUGUCGAGGUAGGUAGCGAUGGGGCCAAAAAAGGACAAAAGACAAAGACAAUGGUUACAAGGACCCCAAAAGUGAUGCCAAGUGAGCACAAGAUGGGAAUCUUCCCAGGUGGCGAAAGAAAUCGACCUAGGACGAAAAAUGUGAGUUAUCAUAUCGAAGGGAAAUUACAUGUGACGCCUGCAACAUUCCCAAAGCCAAAGGAGGACAUGGAUAAACCUUUGUCGCCACUCUUGACUAAUAUCAAAAUCGAACCAGGACUUCAAAAAAGUUCUAGCAAUAAUCACAGCAACAAUAACGGCAACAUCCUUGGUAUGAAUAUCGAAAAAGCUCCAACGCCUUCGAGAAAGAAACCCGUCGUCAUGAGGAGAGUGAGAAAACAGAAGCAAGUGGUGAUUAAACAAGAGCCAAGAGAUAUAGAUGACGAGGAGGAGGAUGAGAUGCAAAACAAUAAUAUUUCCCAGAGAGUCGAGCCAGUCAGACUCUCCGCAAAUCGUCUAGAUCGAACCAAUAUGGACCUUAAUUUCGAGGCCAAUCUUCUAAAUGCCGAGCAUGAGUCCAUUCUUCCAGAUAUUGGAAGGUCCGAUCACAUGGACGAUAUGGAAAAUGGAAAUGUCAAACUGAGCGUUAAGAUGGUCGAAUCGACACCACAGAGAUUGAUGACCAUACAUAGCGUUAUUGGACCAGUAGACGAUGUGCCAGAGACCAUAAUACCUGAUGCUGUUGAAUAUACUUGCGAGAUGUGUUCGGCAGUAUUUUCAACCCGUGCAGAGCUUUUGGUUCAUGUGCCGAUACACAUUUGAUUGCAUUUGGGUAAAGUGAGUAAAGCAGGUAUCCAGGUUUGUUCUAUUAUACAAAUAUUUCGUUUAAUCGAACAAUUAAUUGAAGACCGUUUGCCAUGCGGAACGUGGAUGACUUGUUGGUUCAUUUAAAAUGGUACUGGGAUUUUAUGCGAAAAAUGCUGUUUGCUAUUUUCUUAUCCAUGAUCUAUACCAUAUUCUCUUCCAGUUCGUUAUCCUCUAUAUUCUAUUCUAUUUACUCCUAUUUAUCGUUACUUUCCCGUUUCUAUUUCAUCACUUUGUUUUUCAUAUUAUGCGUUUUAACUUUUGUCCUUAUACUUUUGAAUUUUCAUUUUCACAAAUGUGCACAGAAUAACACUUCAGUCGGUCGUCAUUUAAAACAACAGUAUACAUCUCUGUAUUACUUAAGCAGGCGAGAUUAUGUUUACGCUAAGAACUGUCGCAACCAAAUUCAUUUUUAUCUAUUCUUCCGGUUGUUCUUUAGAUUCCCUCAAUUAACAGCGAGCAACGGUGAACCUUGCUUUUAUUUGCCAUAGGGGCCGUUUCGCUUUCCUAUAAAGAAACGACGCGGCAUAGACCUUGACUCAUAUUACUUAUAAGACGGGAUCAAGCAUAACUACGUGUACAUGAUAAUUGAAAUAUCAAUAGGAAUGUGUUCCAUUACGAUGCUGCGUUCAUAUAAAUUCUAUUGUAUAUCACUUCUUAGCCCUUAAAUCGAAUCAAAGGUAAAUUACAAAUUGUACGUUAUAAUGUCGAAUGUCUGAACGAUACGGGCGAUUUUCGUUAUUAUUAUUCUUAUAUUAUUAUUAUUGUUAUAUAUAGACUGCCCUCGCGCACGAUUCGACUAUUCUUAGUUUCAUAUUAAAAUUGUCCAUUUAUCUUGUGCAUAUAUCUAGAGAGAAUAAAUAUGAUCAAGAGACAGAUUAACUGUUACCGUUGUGAAUACAGUAAAGUACAAGGGAAUAGAGGAUACAAUUUUGAAAGCAUAAUAGCAUAAUUGAAUCAGGGAAGAUUAUUCGUGCGGCCCUAAAAUACAGACCUCGCAUAACGUUCUCUUUUAGCGUUAUAUACAUUUUCAUACAUACAAUAAUAUAGAAUUGCGAUGCGCGAUCUUACCGUUUCGUUGUUAUUUUAUUCGCUGGAUGAAUUGUUAGUGCAAUUAAUGAGACAUUGGAAUAAAGAUCUUUUCUCUCGAUUGCUCAAACGAUUAUCACGAGUUCAAUGUCGAGAACUUCGAUUCUCGCAGAGCCAAUAACGUUCAGUGUUUUAGACCGAGUUAAAAGAAAUUAUCAAAAAAAUUAUUGUCAGUCUAAUUCGACAUAUUUCGAUUCUCCAGAUUCGUUUGUCGAGUAUCGCCAAACAGUAUGUUCAUUAUGGCACUGAUUCGGUAUUACGGGGAUUUAUUUAACAACGUUAUACUAAUUGCAAAGAGAUUGUACGUUAACCAUUUUCAUCGGAUGAUGAUACAAAUUUUUAUUAAGUAUCGCCGUGCGGUUGCUUAUGUUCAACGGAGAGAUAACAAAUGAGUACAGAUUUAUUGUGUCGUCGCACAUGGCUAUGAAUUCGUUAAAUUAAUCUGUAUCGAUUAAGGAAAGACAUUGUAAAUUUAUAUAUACAUAUGUUAUAUAAAUAAUCCUGUAAUCGAUACUACCGUCACUGAAUGAUUUAGAGAAUCAUUCGUAACGUUGUAUCGAGUUGGUAUUUCCGUACGUGCACUUUUAUUAUGAGAAAGUGAUAACUCGUUGGCACGUUAUAUACUGUCGGUACUAGUCAAAGUGAUACGCAAGUCUAAAUAGAAAUCUGUGCAUUGCCAAGUAAAAUCCCUAACACUUUUAAAUGCUCCGCAAAUCUUCAAAGCGUUACGGAUGCUUUAUUAUUUACGGAAAAGCUUAGUGCAACAGCGAAAUAAACGAAUAACCGUAACUAAUGGAAUAAUGAUUAAUUAACACGUUAGACAUACAAUUUCUGUAACGCGUUUACUUUUCUUCUUACUGUUAAUCGCGUUUAUUUCCACUGUAGAUUGUACGACGUAAUAACGUUUCUUCGAUUGUGCAAAGGCUAUCACGCAUUUUGUUAUUUCUCUGAAUGAUAGUUAAUUGGACGAGGACUCAUUCCCUGCACAAGAGUGUAUUUUAAAAAAUCUUGUUGGCAUCUGCGUUGCGAGUUUUAAAAAGAUCUACAUAAUUUCAUGAAUAUUAUGUAAUUCCUCACAGAAAUUGUCAAACACAAUGCCACGUUAUUUGAUUCAUCGAUAAUUUGAUACCGAUAAAAACAAUGGAUCAUUCAUCAUUUUCCUUCCACUGUGUGCGUUAAGAGAUAAUAUAUUUAUAUGAAUUUCA